UACGACCUUAGUUUGCAUCAAUGCACGGCAAAACAAACCCCUCAUCUCUUUUGUAAACUCGAGAGGCUCCAGAGAGCGCGGAAGGUGCCGUUGCCAAGCAACCAAGAGGACCAAACAAGCGCAAGCAGCAUCCGAGGAGUUCUGGAACGUGACGUAUCAGCAACUCUGUAUAUUAGCCUGUGCACAUUAACACUCAGCUGAUCAAGGUUAUGUUUCGGUCAACGCUCGGAAGUCAAUGUAGAUAUAUUCUGUUGUAAGUGACGAACUCAUCAAAUGGCAGGCAAGAAGAAAGAAGCGAGUCUGCAGAUGCCUUCAGUCCUAAAUCAACAUUUCUUGCAGGCGUCUGUCACGAACCAAGAGCAGUGGGAGGAGAUGCUCGCAACCAAAGGUUUAACAGUUGUGGACGUAAACCAGCAGUGGUGUGGUCCCUGUCGAGCCGUGGUCAGUCUGCUGCGAAAAAUCAAGAACGAACUGGAUGAUGACCUAUUACAUUUAGCCACAGCCGAGGCAGACAUAAUCAACGCUUUGGAGAAGUAUCGAGGGAAAUGUGAGCCCACGUUCCUUUUCUAUGGGGGUGGGGAGCUGGUGGCUGUGCUGCGGGGAGCCAACGCUCCAAUGCUCCAGAAGAUGAUUGUCGAGGAACUGGCCAAGGAGAAGUUGGUCCUGGAGCAAGGUGGUGAACGCAAAGUGGUUCAAGACAACGGUCUGGUGAAUGAUGAGAUUAAAGAAGAGGAGGAGGCGCCUCAGCAGUUGGACAAUGAAGAAAGCAUAACCGUUCCUGCCAGUAAAUCCUAUACAGUCGCCAUCGUCAAACCAGAUGCUGUUGCUCACGGCAAGGCAAACGAGAUCAUUAUGAAGAUUCAAGAUGCUGGGUUUGAGAUCCUGGCCCACGAGGAGCGCACGCUCACCGAGGUCGAGGCUCGAGAUUUUUACCAGCACAAAGCAGCAGAGGCUUGCUUUCAGGACCUGGUGCAGUUCAUGUCCAGUGGUCCCUCCCAUAUUCUGGUACUGUCUCAGGUGGACGGCUCUGCCAGUGUUGUACCGGCAUGGCGUGAGUUCAUUGGCCCGGCAGACGUAGAGGAAGCCAGGAGAGAAAAACCAGAGAGCUUGCGGGCACAAUACGGCACACAGCCACUGUUCAAUGCAGUGCACGGCAGUGAGGACAGCGACCAGGCCAGCAGGGAGCUUGCCUUCUUCUUCCCCAACUUCAGGGCAGCCUCAGCAACGGAGCAGGAUGGCGAGGAAGAGCGUGUGGAGAGGACACUGGCCCUCAUCCGGCCUGACGCUGCCAGAGAGAACAGAGGAGACAUCCUGGCCCAAAUCCACAAGUCUGGUUUCUCAGUGGCCCUGCAAAGAGAGGUGAUGUUGACCGAGGAGCAGGUCAGACAGUUUUACUUGCAACAUGUUGAGGAGGACUAUUUUCCUGCACUGCUAAGAAGCAUGACCAGUGGACCUGUGCUAGCUUUGGCUCUGGCCAGGACAGGGGCUGUCCAUCACUGGAGGAGCAUCCUUGGUCCAGCCGACGUCAAUAAAGCCAAAGAGGAGAGUCCUGACUGUCUGAGGGCCCAGUUCGCUGUGGAGGACGGGCCCGUCAACCAGCUGCAUGGCAGUGCGAGCCACGAGGAGGCCGAGCGAGAGAUCGACUUCUUCUUCCCUAAACAGCGGACGCUGGCUGUUAUCAAACCGGAUGCCACGGAGGAACACAGAGAGAGGAUUUUGGAGGAGAUCCACGCGGGCGGUUUCUCUGUGACACAGCUGAAGGAGACGGCGCUGUCGAGAGAAAUGGCCGAGGAGUUUUACAAAGAGCACAGGGAGAAGCCUUUCUUUGGGCAGCUGGUGGAAUUCAUGUGUCGGGGGCCCUGCAUGAUGCUUGUCUUGACUAAGGAAAAUGCAGUGGAGGAGUGGAGGGCCAUGAUGGGCCCCACAGACCCCGACCAAGCAAAGGCGACAUCCCCCAUGUCUCUGAGGGCCCGCUUUGCCUCUGACAUCCUCCACAACUCUGUCCAUGGCGCCUCAAAUGAGCAACACGCCGAGGAGAAGAUCCGUUUCAUCUUCGGUGAAGUCUGCCCAGACGCAGAGCUCAACCGUGAUGGAGAGACCGACGGAACCGUUUCAGCAGAACAGCAAGACGGUUCUGCAGAUGAAAACACAGGAUUGUCAAGAUCCCAGAGUGAAGAAAUGUCUGAUACCCGUCACCAGCAACAUGAAAGUAUGCGAUGAGUGACGCACACGGUUCAAAUCCGAACGAUGGUCCCGAGCACUCAGACUGAAUCAGUACACCUCAUAUUUUCUUUUUUAUUGGUGGCUUUUUCCCCCCUGCACAACACAUUCUCCACGAAUCAUGAAAUAAAUCAAUAUAUCUGA